GAUCCAUUCUCAGAUCGCGUCUUUCGCCUUGGAAAUGUAAACAGGAGGAGCUCUCCGCCUGAGCAGGGCUCCCGAUCGGCCAGGCGCCCUGUUUCCCCCAAAAGGAUUCAAACUGGGGAGAAUGCCGCCUCCGCCAACGCUGCUCUUCCUCGGCGCCUUGGUCCAGGCAGCCCACGGAUGGGGAGAGCUGGGCCUCUUCGCAGAUCACAGUUGCAGUCUCUUGAAGAGGACUGAUGUAAUGCAUGGCUAUGGUACAAUGUGUUUCUGCUACGUCCCAGAUGGAGCAAUCUACUUGAAAAACAUCUGGUCAACUAUUCAGGUGAACAUAAGUAGCACUGAAAUGUUGGAAGUGGUGUCUGUUCCAGAAGAACAUAACUGUCAACGUUCAGAAAAUCUAUUUGCUUUUUUUAAAUGCUUGGUUAACAAUAUUUGGAAACCAGGCAUUUCUAAGGAAGUCAUCAUGUCCCUGGACCAGUAUGGAGACAAAACAUGUUUCAAGGUCCAACCUAUGCAAAAAGUGUCCUACACUGUGAGUGCACAGCAAAACAUGCUUGAUCACAGACUCUUUCUAUUAUUUGUUGUUGGUGGUCUUCUUUUUCACUUUGCGCAUAACCUAAGUAGAAGUGUUGCAUUCUAUUAUUCUGCUGGAGUAGCGCUUGGUGUUUUUGCCACUCUAGUCUUUCUCCUUUUGAUGCUUAAAAGAUUUAUUCCCAAGUUAAGUACCUUCUGGAUUUUAAUGAGUGGAUGCUGGUUCUCUUCUCUCUAUUUUCUUUACACUUGGAAAGAGGAUUUGAAAGCGCUCUGGCACAAUUCAUCAUACUACAUAAUGGGGUAUAUUCUAAUAGUCGGAUUGGCCAGUUUUGCCAUUUGUUACACGCAUGGACCUCCCAGUAGUGAGAAAAGUAGGAAUCUCUUGAUGUGGACACUGCAGCUCCUCGGCUUGAUCUUGGUCUACUUUGGCAGCGCCAUCCCGCAAGUUGCAAGUGCGACAAUUGCUUCCAUGCUGUGUUCGAAAUUCCUGCGUUACCCUUUGAGAUUCUUGUACCACGUUGGCAGAAAAGCAACUCAGUUUUUCAAAUCCAAAAAGUUAGAGCUUCACUCUCUGACUGAAGAAGAGUAUCAACAGCAAGGGGAAAGGGAGACCACCAAAGCCUUGGAAGACCUGCGUCAGUUCUGCAGGCGUCCUGAAUUUCCCUCCUGGGUUGCAGUGGUCAAGCUGCAACACCCACAGAAAUUUGCACACUUUAUCCUUGGAUGUCCUCAUGUGUCACCUGAAGAAACAUCUGCCCAUGAGGAACAGUAUGGCCCUGGAGGAGCUCUCUUUGAACAGCAGCUUUUUCAUACAGGGACAGAGGCAGAACCAGACCCACAAGCUGGUCCCACGAGCAGAGAGGAGAACCAGCAAGAGGAGGAAGAAAGGCGGAAGCAGCCAAACAAUCUGCACUGCUGUACCAGAGAAGUUCUUUGAGUAAUCCCAUCAAGCUGAGAUGUAUCAAAGAUACAGCAGUUGCAGAUGAAGGUGUGAGAAACCAGGAGGAACCGGUCGUGUAAUUCACACAUGUUUACCAGAACUAGUUGUUAAAAUUGUUAAAAGAUGCAGAGGCUGGAGAGACUCAAAUGAGAUCUAGGAGUAGCAAAGAGCAGAGCAGACAGAGACUGGAGUUGAUGAGGAGGACAGAGAGGUGAUGAUAGGGUCAGAGGAAGGGAAGAACUGGAUCACCCAGAACCACAAGAUGGGAACUGGUUCGAUAUAGUCAGAACUCCACAUUUGCUGGAGAUAGGGGAAUGGAGAAGCUGCAAACAACACUAUAUAACAAAAUUUGCAUUAUUGGUUUGAAAGUAUUAUUUUCUGUUUAAUUGUGCGGUAUUUACUUUCAAAGUAGUUGUUAUACUCCAGAAACUUUGUUUUUGUGGUUGCCACAAGCUAGGUUGAACUCAAGGAGAUAAUCAUUGAAAAACUAUAACCAAUGUGCUGCAGGUUGUCCUGCAAAAACAUAAACCUUUUCCAUGUUUUUAUGAUAGAACUAAUUAGGAAAAGACAUUUAUAACCCAGCAACAAAAAUGUUACAUAAUGUAAAAGAUCUCCCUAGGAAUCUACAGAGUUUCCAGCAUGGUUCUGUGGUCAAAAUCCACUGGAGGACCUAGAGAUUGAAUAAUCCAAUCUGCAAAAGUCAAAUCUGUAAAUCGGGGGGGGGGGGGGGGGGUAUUUUUAAAAGUCCCACUGGUUGGAACAUUCUGCUCUCCAGACGGUAGAGGGCAGCCAAGGCUUUCUGAAGGACUUAACUGCGGUUUCAUUGGUUCCUGAUCCACUUGAAGGUUAAUAACCCUCUACUAAGUUAAUGUUUUAAUUUUUAUUCAGAUUAGGAGGCCUGUAGGGAAAAAACCCAUAGUAGUUAGUUCACUUUUCAACAGCAGCAGUCAUGCAAGAUAUUUUUCUAGGUGAGUCAGAGCAACAAAUAGUGGUCCUCCUUCUAAAGUUAAGGUAUUGAUUGCCCAAGUCCAGCCAAGUUAGCUUGGCACCAGGGGCAGAAAACCAAACAAGAUACCUCUAUUAAAAACAUGCUAAUAGUAUAUUAGUAACUAAUUGUUCCUUGUUCAUAUCACACACUGGCUGCCCGAGGCUGUCCCAAUCUGCUGUUGGGUGGCAGUGACUUUACUUGAAGAUUAAAUAUUUGUUUUGUUGGAUUGAGAGAACCACCAGUUAAAGCCACUUGAAACUAAUGCAAUUUUUCCAAAUUGAAAGUGAGGUUAGAUCAGAGAUAUCUUUGCUUGAAGAUAAUUGCAUAGACCUGAAGGUUCAAGGAAUGGGUUGUAGUUGAUGCCAUAUUCCCUUUAUUCUAUUGUAGAACUUUCAGAAUAGGCAGGCAUUGUGUGAUUUCUGAGGGAAUGCAGGAUUUGGGAUUGGAACGCAACAUUUUAUCUGUUGCAUCUCAAGAAGAAAAAGUUGUUUGGCCUUUAGUAUGUUCCAUACUGGGCAGGCAGUAGCAGAAUUACUUGUGUAAACACAGAUGACCUCAUAUGUAUUUUACAAGAAGCAAAACUUGGCACAGGAAAAAAGAUAUUAUUUAAUCACAAUGUAAACUCAGCCCGCAUAUAUCUUUUGAAAGCAGAUCUGCAGGUGACCUGCUCUCUCCUCCUUAAAUAUGAUCAAAAUCACAAAGAUUUCUCAAUUCACUGUUUAUAAUGAGAUCCAAAGGGAAAGCGUAAAACAGGGUACAGAAGAAAUUACCAACAGCACUAGAAAACACAUAGGCUGCUCAGGGUCAAACUCACUUGUUGCAUUUACUGUUUUCAAAUUAAGGAGUUUCAAGAGGAAUUUUCCUUCUGACUACCACGUCUUUGCUUACUGGUGAACGGUUAUACUCCUUGUGGCCUCAAUCAGCUGGUGAACAGACCUUCUUUGUGGAGUGUAGCUGCUGGCUGCUAAGGUGGGCUUUAAUGGGGGCAGGGAGCAUAUACAUAGUCUUACAUUAAGACUUGAGAGCUAGUGUGGUAAACUAGUUUCAGUAUCAGACUACAACUCUGAGUCAUACACAGCACCAGAAAAUCAUGUGAAAGAGUCUCCAUAAGUCAAAAAUUACUUGGGCACACAACAGAGUAAUAAUACGGGGUAAUUAUGGAUCCGUCACUCUUGGUUAUAAGUUACAGAUCCAUAACUGCCUCAUAUUAUUGUAACUGUAGUACAGAGUACCAGCCCAUAUUAGUCAUUCGCUCUUAUGCGUUUGGGUGAGAGUAAUCGCUCAGUGAAACUUAUGAAUGUAUAAUUGUACUCUGAGCAGAUUAUGGCUUAGCUCUAUAUGUGACAUGAGAAGAUUCAAUGAAGGAAAAGAAAGUGGAUACCAUUCUCAGGUUCUGCUGAGGAUAUAGAUCUAUGGUAAUUGCAUUAAUUGCAAGUUGGUGCCUUUCAGUGGGUCUUCUCUAGGUAGUGCUAACAUGUAAGCUAUGGAUGUAGGUUCUCCUACCCAAUGGUCUGUUGUAUGCUUAGUUGCCUAUGAAUGGUUCAGGGGUGGGGAAGCAGGGUGCAUGUUUGCGGUGGAAACAGUCUUCCUAUCUUCUCCUUGGAUAAUGUAUGAACAGCUCAGUCUCUGCUUUAUGAGAGGUUUCAAUGUUUCAUACAUGCUAAAGUGAGCCAAUAUAUAGUGUGUACAUUAUUUUUAAAUGAUAUGUAUAUUUUUAAUAAAGUAUCUUCUUUACAAUUUAAAAACCA